AUGCUGAAGAUCGACAGGGAAGCGACGCUGGAGCAGGUGAAGCGAGCAUACCGUUCACUGGCGAUCUCGAUGCAUCCGGACAAGGGUGGCAACCACAAAGCUUUCUGCUCCCUGCAAGCAGCCUUCGACGUGCUUCAAGACGAGGCGGAGAGGAAAGCCUACGACCGGGAGCUGCGGACAUCGCGGAGCCGCGAUGGGCAAGUAGGCAAUGGUCUAACGGAUUCUGGUCCCGUUGUGCAGCCCACUGCCACCUCGCCCGUGAUGCUGCGGGAUGCGCUGAUGGGAACCGCUCCAAAGCAUUGGCCCUAUCUGCUAGACAAGCUGACAGAUGAAAAUCUGAAGACGCUGCAGAAUUUCCUCGGCCUCACACAGCAAGAGCAGCGCAUUCUUGCCGAGGAGUUCCGGGGCAAGCUCCCGCCGCAGCACAGCAGGCAGGGAGUUCCAGGUAUUUGCCGUCAUGGCAACACAUACAUGGCGAAAAUCUCAAUGAGCGGCAUAAGCGUGACCUCCAAGCUGGCCAGCCUCACCGAAGCCAUCGAUGCGGGCAUUGCUCUGAAAGAGAUCCGAAACAUUGUCAAAAGACACCCAGACGAUUUGGAAGGUGGGCUGCGUGCUGCCGUACAGGAACGGCGUGUCACCGACCAAGACACCAUAUUCUUUAUGAGGUUCCGCUACGACUUUAGACACGACAAGACGAUUCGCCACAUGACGCCGAGCCUGGGCUGUGAGGUGCUGAAGGAUCGGCGUACCUUUCAACGCUUAGUCCAGUGCCUUGGCUGUGUGGCGGAGAUGUGGAACGUAGAGCCCUGA